AUGUAUCUCUUGGGAUCAUAUCUACCCGAUACAAAGCUCGUAAGGAUUGCCCUUACAUCCUUUUAUGGAAUCUCACAUCAAACAGCAAGACGACUAUGUGCACGAUUACAAUUACAUGAGUUGGCCACAGUCUCAUCCUUGAAUGAAGCACAAGUUACAGCACUAUCCGCCUAUCUAUCCUCACCAAGUUCAAUUCCCGCCCGAAAAGCCGAAACGACCUCACCUUUUCCCAGCAUAGACGGAUCUCAAUCUUCCUCUUCCAAAGCAAGCGCAUACGAAUAUACACCAGGCUCACAACAGUCUUCACCUGAGAAGGACACAUUACGAUCAUUGGUACUCGAAUCAGAUUUACGUCGUGAACUACGUGCUAACCUAAGUCAUCAUCGUACGAUUGGAUCGUACGUUGGAAGAAGACAUGUGGCUGGAUUACCCGUCAGAGGUCAAAAGACGAGAACCAAUGCAAUCACUGCAAGUAAGCUGAACAGAAUUGAAAGACGUGGAAUGGCAACUUUUGCUUCACCAAUUGCAAACCCAAAAAGUGUCUAUGAAUUGGUUCAGCCUCUGCUUCGGGAAAAGUUCAAUCGGGAUUAA